CUUCUCUCUCCACUACGCUCAUCUCCAGAUUUCUCGUCAUCAAACACAUGAAUGAUUUUAAUGCGGGGAAUCUUCUCCAUCCCGUCACUUUCUGUCAUCUGAAAUUUCUCUACCUUUCUUGACCUUUUCUUUGGUGUAUACUUUCCCACCCCGGCUGUGUUUAGGUUACUAUAUUGAACCGUGGUUUACUUGUUAUUGCUGGGUUUCUUCCUCGAUUCUCAAAUCUCUAUAGAGCAAGGCAUGUUCAACGUGUCUUGGUCGACGCUGCUCUCGAUAUUAGAGUAGCACAUGCUGGUGCAGUCGUCUUGGGACGAACUUUCGCAACCUCGAUCCCCUCUCCGUAACUCCUCCCCGCCUCCCACUUGUGUUGACGUACCCUCUCCCCCCCUCCCCCUUCCUCCCCAACCCAAACAUGAACGGUCCUGAACCUCGCGAUGAUCGGAAUAGCCCUCCCCCGGGCCCUUUUGGCUUUGUGAUGCCCACGAUGGAUACCCCGUACGAACCGGCUCCGGCGCCGCCGCCGGGCCCAGCUCUUCUCGACGAUAACGAGUCGAACAUGCUGGAGAAUUUCUUCACGACGUUGAACUCGAACCAAUUCAGCAAUAAUGACCUUUGGAUGCAAAACCAGCAAAACAAGCCGUUUGGCACGACCAACUUUGGAUGGUCGGAUGAGCUGCCGCCCACCUUCGAAGGCUCGACCACGUCUCUGCAGCCGCCGGGCCCCCAGACCAGCCUCGAGAAGCCCGGGGCGGGGAUGUUUCCCAACGGACACGGGGUAAGCCAGGACCUUUUUGCGGCGGCAUCCAUGCUCUACCACACCGGAUCGAACCAGCCGGAGAUCCAACCCCCCAUCGGCCAGAAUCCCUUUGCGGGAUACCCCAACAUGGACUUCGGCGGUAUUCGACCGAACGGUCACGCCAAGGACCGAUCACAUACCACGCAUGUGUCUCCCAGACCCACCAGUGCGGCUGCUCCGGCACGUCCGCCAGUCGCGUACCACACGUCUGAGAUGCUCUUCGAUGUGAGGGAACCCAUCUCUCCCGAGCAGCAGGCCACGGCCAAGGUCCGACCCCUCCACUGGGGGUCUGAUGUCAGUUUCCUGGAUCAGGGCUACGUCAGACCGGCCGAUCAACCGGAUGAAGAGGAACGAGUGGACGACCUCCUGAGCAACCUCCAAUGCUUCGAGCGCCAGAACAGUGCGGCCAACACGCGAGCGCCCAGCCCGGAGCGGGCUACCGGCUCGCACAUGCCCUGGCCCGAGUCCGGAACGGCUAAUAGGCUGGGCGAUGGCCGACGGGAGUACGGGGAGAGCAUGGAUGGCCUCUUGCAACCGAGCAAACGACAGAAGACCCUGAUCAAGGAAGAGGAUGAGGAGGAUUCCGACGGGGACUUGUCCCAGCAGAGGCGCAAGUCCAAGGCCUCGACGUACAACAAACCCCGGCGAAUGUCUUCGAACGCCGUCCGGCGGUCGAGUAUACAAUCAAAUGCCAAGUCCGCUCGGGAGAAUCUGACGGAAGAGCAAAAGCGGAGCAAUCACAUCCUCUCCGAACAGAAACGCCGAAACCUGAUUCGGCAGGGGUUCGACGACCUGUGUUCCCUGGUCCCGGGGCUGCGGGGUGGCGGGUUCAGCAAAAGCGCCAUGCUCACCCAGGCCGCCGACUGGUUGGAAGAGGUCAUCCGGGGCAAUGAGAUCCUGAAGUCGCAGCUGGCCGAGCUCAAAACCGUGAAUGGUUUGAUGAUGCCGCGGUAACUUUUUUGCAUCCUUAAUGAGACCAUGACAUCAACAUUUUUCCCGCCCCCCUUUCCUCUCCCCCAAAAGAGGAAGGCUUGCUUGUGUUUAGGGCUUUUUUCUGUGAUGAAGCGGUUUAGCGAUCUGACGGCGUGUAUAUCUUGUUGGCAGGAAGGGAAGGCGUUCAGCUAUCAGGGACUAUGAUCUGGAAUGUGAAUAUAAAGACCCCAUGUGGAGGACAUUUGUGACUCGGUCUGGAACUGUGCAUGUGAUUAUUUCCCAUAAUAAAU